UAAAAGCUUUACGACUAUUUUGGAGGUUGAUUCAAAAUGGAGUAGAGCUUACAGGUACAAAUCAAACACUAUAGCUUUAUCCUCGUCUUUUUACAUUGUUUUUACAUUAACAGGUUGUUAUUUAAUAGAAAGUCAGUAACUCCUGCAAAAUGACAGAAGAAAAGAAGUCGGGCCUGGGCUUCUUUUCGAGCUACGACGAUUUGAGCGACAGCAGCGAUGGUAGCGACUCCGACCAGGACGAAGAUAGUCGAAAGAAGAAACAGGGGACAGACGGUCCGGGAAACGGGGCUCAGUCCUCCCAACAAGGGACCAAACGAGCCGCCGGUGGAGCACCGUUACCCAAACCUCACGAGCUCUUCGGCUCCGUGUCCAAGCCCGCUUUUCUCUACAACCCGCUGAAUAAGCAGAUAGACUGGGAGAGUCUCACGGUCAAAGCUCCGGAAGAGCCUGCCAGAGAGUUUAAGCCAUGGAAGACAAAUGCUGUACCCCCUCCUGAGAGCUACACCACGGAGCCAGAGAAGAAGAAGGGGGCUCCCCCAGGCAUGGACAUGGCAAUAAAGUGGUCCAAUGUGUAUGAGGACAAUGGGGAAGAUGCACCACAGCCUUUCUCUGGCAAUGCCCGGUUCUUACCCGCAGAGGAGGAACUCUCUGAAUCAGAUGAGGAAUCUGAUAAGCUAGACCUGUCUGCCAAGAAACGUCGAGUGGAGACCUUCCAGCAGAAGGAGAAGAGGAAGAGGGACAUGGGACAAGCGACCUCUGACAAGAAUUUCGUAGAGGAGGAGAAAAGGAUCCUCAGGCAAAAUGUUGAUUGAGGCCUAAACUCUCCUGCAACAAUGAAUCUGUUUCUAAUUUAAAUAUUUUUUUAUCUCAGCUGAGACCGCUCACAGACUUUAGCACAACGGUCAAGUAGGUGGUAUAGUGCAAACCUCAUUUGACCUAUAUGUUGACGUCAUUUGCAAUAUUAUAGCAUUUGUUUUGUUUCCAAAGGACUAUCAGCACACUUUAAAAAGAAGUAUAGUAUAUGACAGUCCCACUGUAAAAAAUGUUCCAUUUAAGAACUUAGAUUCUGGUAAAUCUCUGCAGACUAUUUUCCCAAAAGGAAAAUUCAGGUGUUUUACAGUCUGGAUCGUGUUUUCAUAGUUUUGUUCAUCAUCCCUUAUCGUUUUUACCCACCAACUCUUUUCAAAGUACACAGGGAUGAGGGAUAUCACAGCUUUACAACGUGUACUGGGCAUUACCAAACUAGUGAUUAGACAGGUUUGGUCCUAGUUUGGCAUCAACUUCACUUUACUUCCGAAUAUGUAGUCUAGACAACAAGGUGAAAUGAGACUUGUCUAAACUUGCCUGAUUGCUCUUGUUUGAGUUCCUGUGUCCCUGGACCUUUGCAAAGGAGUUGGUGAUUACAAUGUUAUCAUAACCAAUCAGGAUAAAGGCCAAAUUAUUUGGCUGGCUGUGACAUUUUGAAUAUACACGAAUAUUAAUGUGGUUAGUUGGCUUUGCCUCCUAUUUGCUUUAAUUUAAAAAGCUAAACUGACAGUGACGUCUGCUGUGGUGGUUUACUUGGUCUGUAUUUGUCUUGUAUUAUACAAAGUCUAAUCACCGCUGACAUAUGGAAUAUGUGUUGUGUGAAUACAGUGACUUUCCUUUUAAAAAUGUGAUUUAAGAUGGCUGUAAAUCUGUUAAAAUGACAUAUAAAAAAAAGUUGUUCUUACUGCCUAUGGGCACUAGGUGUCACCCUUAAGCCACACUAGAAAACACUCCCUCCAUGUUUGUAGUGACAUCUGCUGCACUUUGACACUGUGGACAUUGGGCACCCAAAUUACAACCAUGGUCCGUGUAUAUACUGUUUGUCAGGAGGGGAGUUCAGAUCUUCAUUUUGGAAGUCUGUCUCAUCUCAGUUCUCUUAAGAUACUUGAUGCAUACAGUCUGCUCAUUCAGUCUCAUGUACCUUGCAUGAAACAACACUUUACAUCGGUGUGAAAUUAAGCUUCUUGCAUGUUUAGUAUCGGAAGAUGUUUGGAACAUUGUACUGUUUUAUGUACAUUUUGUUACUGCCAGCAAAUCUGCUCAUUUGGUGUAAACUGUUGUACAUGGAUAAUUUUCAAAGUUUGUUUUCAAUGUUCAUCAUAAACCACUUAACCGUAGGCAAUAAAAUGUAUUUUACUGGAGAA